AUGUCCCACGGCGAAGCGACGAGUCAGCUGAAUUUUCAACAACACCCGCUGCUGGCAGCCAUUUCGGGAAACAAUUAUGAUCAAACGCAGCGCAUGCACUACUAUCCCAACCACUACUACCCCAGCCACUACUUCCCGGGCCAUUACCACCAAGGACACCAAGGACCCCAGGGGCACCAGGCGCAGCAGGGACGACCUCCACUCCUGGCGGCCGCCAGCAGCCACAACGGUGCUUAUGCGACCUCGGCGGCUGGCAGCGGACACUCAGGCUACGGCAGCAUCGAGCCAUCCGUGGAGUACGAGUUGCAGAAUGACCCACCCUCGGGCAGCUUCUCCUCCUUCCACCCGAGCAGUUCGGGGGGCAGUGGGCCCGCAUACCCGCCGCACCACCCACCGCCGGUGCACCACGCGCCACCGCCGCCGCCGCCCACCAAAUCCUCGAAGAAAUCGAAGAAGAAGAGCGCCGGCGCGGUGAUGAACGCACUAACGCUCCUCUCGUUCUUCUUCUUCAUAAACAUGCUGCAGAACUGCCUGAAGGAUCACAUGGUGGACAUGAAUCCCACCGUGAUGGUGCUCACCGCCAGCGGCACUCGCAACCGUUUCAACAAAUUAGCCGAGAUGAAUUCACGCGAACAGACCUCCACCACGGCCACCGAAUCGGCGGCGGCAUCAUCUUGGAAUCAGGCUGCUUUAGUUCCGGCCGCCGGGCCCAGUGUCCCGCCCUCCAUUGUUACGCCCACGGUGGUGCUGCAGUCGCCCUACAGCGGUGUUUUUGAGGUGGCUGCUAAUAAGCCCCACCAGCUGGAGGCCCAGUACCAGCCAAACCAGCAAAGCCAACCCAACCAGCCCCAUGACUAUCGUCCCCACAUCGUGGACGAUGAUUAUAAUUACGGGCAGCGCAGACCUCCUUCUCGUCCUGAUUUCUAUCCUAAUCGCACCACACACAUCGACCACUCGUCCCGGCCCGACUUUGAUUCGGAGUUGGGGUCCGAUUACUAUCAGCACCACUACAACCCGUAUGCCGGCACAAACUCCCGUCGGCAUCCUUGGUCUUAUGGCAGGCAGCGUUACUCAUCCGCACCGUGGUCUUCAGCUUCGUUGGGCGCUCAGUCGGGCGUGAGCUCUUACUUGGAUAAUGCCCAGCGCCGGCAAGGUGGUGAUGAUGACGAUGGUCAUGGUUAUGGUUAUGGGUAUGGCUAUAGGGAUCGGGAGAGGGAUCGGGAUAGGGAUAGGGAUCGGGAUAGGGAUGAAGAUGCGGACUGGGAUGAGAACGAGGAUGGUCAGCAGCGGCGACGCGGCGAUGCUUUCUAUACUCGCACACGCAUUAAUUGA